AGGAGGCGAGGAAGAAGAGAUAUUGCCCACGCGAAUGAGGAGAGGUCGGGAAGGAGGUAGUAUAUAUAAACGUGAUUUUGAGGAUUCAACCACCACAUUCGACCACAGACCGAGAUUCAAGCAUAACCUUUUCCGAAUAACUAACAAGAUGACGCAGCAGAGCAAAACCGUGUUGAUUUUCGGCCUCAUCGCCAUCUGCCAAGUUCAUCUGAGUGCUGCCAAGCCCUACGGAGUGGGCGUUGCAGCCCCUGCUACUUACGUGGGCGUCCCCGUCGCUCACUCAUCCGUUGCUGUUCCAGUUGUCUCUGCUGCUGCUGCUGGUGCCAUCGGUGGUUCACAGCGUCGCCGCUGUGCCCCAAGUCCACAGCGUUGGCUUUGCCGUUGGCGUCGGAGGUCGCGACAGCAAUGAGGUCUUCGGCUACGACGGAGGGAGAGACUCCCACGAAGUAGGCGUCGUUGCUGUGAGGAAGACUCACGUGUGGUGAUCGCAGCCUAUAGGCCUACAAAGGCUCUUGGUAUUCAUGCUGAAGAGUCUCUGGUACCGUCGACGAUAAAUCACUGUUGAUGACUUCGGGCUGUUUUAUUCUUUAUUUUUUUUUCAUUUGCUUGCUUGGGAUGUCUUCUCUACGUUAUGCAGCACUAUUGGAAAUGCGCUUGUGUGAUGUCUAUGUUAGAUGAAAACUUUAUCUGUGCUUGAAAAUUUACCUAUCUCUAUGCUUUACCUGAUUGCAGGAUUUAAAUAGUUUCUCGUUGUUA